AUGGAAACCAUGCCAAAGCCGCAUUAUCAUCCGGCGGCCUCGUAUAGCUAUCCUCCGCCGCCGCCGCAGCCUCCUGCAGCAGCUGCUCUGCAUUAUCCCCCGCACGGAUACUGUCAACCACCACCGUAUCCGCCGCCACACGAAGCCUUUCAUCAACAACCAUAUCAGUAUCCUCCGCCACCUCAAGUAGCGUAUCAUCAUCAUCAACCCCAACCCGCUAUGGUGCCUCAAUAUCCUCCACCACCCUACGCCGUACAUCAGCCUCCGCUGCUUCAACCCGGAACCGGUAUGGUAUUGGUAUAUCCAUACCCUUCGCCGCCGCACGCAUUUUAUCCUCCGCCACUUGCAGCACCUCACACUAUUCCACCACAUCACGCCUCUACCAUCGCCAAAAUAGUUAGUAAUAUCGUGGGAAUAGCCACAGCUAUUGGGCUUGGAGCUGCUUCUGAAGUACUUGCUGAUGAAGUAGAACACUAUCUUCAUACAAAGUGA